AUGACUUCAAUUAUCUUCUGGAACUGUCGGGGGGCCCGGAAGAAGCAGACGGAGCACUUCCUCCGCAGCAUUGUGGGUGGUAGUGAGGUGAUGUUUGUUGGUUUAGUGGAAACUAUGGUUGACGAAAUUUCUAGAAAGGAUGUGAAUGCUCUCGUUGGCCCUUGUUGGGACUUCGCUCAUUUCCCUGCUAGUUGGAGAUCGGAUGGCCUGCUUGUGUUGUGGAGGAAUGAUAAAAUUCAGUUUGAGAUGGUUAGGAUGUUCGAUCAGGCGCUAGUGGGGCACUUGGUGUUUCCUAAUUGUGAGAAGUGGUGUCUGGCAGUGGUGUAUGCCGGCAAGGAUUAUCACACUAGACGGGGCUUAUGGGAAGUCCUGAGCUCGUGUAUUGAUGCUGAACUCCCGGUGAUUGUGGGCGGGGAUUUCAACUGUUGUCUGGAUCAAAGUGAGAAGAAGGGAGGCAGAAGAUUUGGCUUUUCGAUUGUCUCUCAGGAGAUGGUGGCCUUGUUGAUUGAUAAUGACCUCCAUGACUUGGGGUUCACUGGCCUGAAAUAUACCUGGUCGAACAACAAUAGUAAAAUAUGGGUGUGGCUCGAUCGGGUUCUGAUGAACUCCGUUGGCAUUCAACUGGCUCCUUUGGUUUCGGUGCGGCAUUUGCUCUGUGUUGCGUCAGAUCAUUGCCCCCUGCUGCUGAGAUUGGCGAACGUCACCCCGAAUUCUUGUUGCCGCAGGAUCCGAUUUGAAGAUACAUGGCGGACUUACCCUGCGGCGUGGAAGCUAGUGUAG